AUGGCACGUUUUCUCUUCUUUCUCGCCAUUUUAGGGCUUACAACGGCGAACCUGACUGGCUUCUCUGGCCGAAAGGGCACAUUAAACCGCGACUUCGCAGGCAUAGGCAGCAUCUCGUUGGCUUUACCCGCCUCCUGCUCUUCUUCCGAGACCGACUGCGGCGGAUCCUGCAUUGCUGGCUCAGGAGAAUGCUGCUCUGCGAGCGAAGGGUCUUACUGCGAAUCGGGAAAAUACUGUACUGACGAUGGAUGCUGCCCUAAGGGCGAAAUCUGCACUGGAGAGGCAGCUGGUUGCGGCACCGGUAAACAGCUUUGCGGCAAAUAUUGCAUCCCAAAUAGCGCUGUUUGUUGCAGCGAUGGCAGCUAUUGCAAUAGCGGGGAAACCUGCACCAGCGACGGAUUCUGCUCCAAGGGCAAGGGCAGCGGCAGUAACGACAAUAACGACAAACCUACCGAGACAGACGACAACGACAGUCCCACCAAGACAGACAAUGAUAACGACGAUCCCACAGAGACAUUCCAACCGCAACCAACAAUUACCUCUGCAAGUGGAGACAGCGAUCAGGGAAACACGCUUUGCAAGCGUAAGGGUCGAAGUGGAGGCGGUAAUGGCGAUAAUGGUGACAGUGGUGACGAUGACGGCUGCAGCGGUAAUGGUGCUGGGUCGACGCUUGCGCCGAGUUUCGCAAGUGUCCUAUUGGCAGUCUUUGUUUUAAUGCUGUAA